CGCUAGCGUUUGGUGUCGUAAACGCGGCAUAUGUGCUGGUUUUAAAAUAAUGUUGUGAAGUUUGACGCUGGGUGAUUUCAGGCCUGCUCUAAAACCACCUUGAAGAUAUUAUUACGCUUUAAAGGCGCAGCGGCUCCAUUCUGAAGUAGGACAUGUGAGCAGGUUCACGCGCGGUUAAAGCGCGUCAUUAAAAGAGGCCCUACUUUUCCCACAGAAAGCGAAGACUUUCCGAACAAAACAUUACUUCACAGAAUAAUCAGACUGUCAUUAGAAUUUUAAUGGCUGCUUGACAAGGCACUGUAAAACGUUUCCAUGUAAUCAUUAAUCUAGUGCGUUUUUUUCCAGUCAGGCUUUGAGCAAAGGUUUCAGUGUGGAAAGAAAUGCUGAAACAAAACACUUUAGCCGGAUGCUACACAUUUUCCAGCGAGUUAACGAGACUUUGAAGGGUUGAGGUGCAUCACAGAUUUUUCAAACCCAGACAAAGUAAAAACCCCGUCUAGAGUCCAGGAAAGUGAUUAUUUAUGUAGCUGGCUAAUUUAAUGACAGCUAAUCCACCUAAUCAAAGUGAGACAGUAUCCCGACGUUUCUCCUUAACACUAGAUUUAAAGCCGGUGUUCUCAGCUUGACACCCGUCCAUUAAUACGGCAUAUAGUGGUUUGCCUGGGGUCCCUCAGUCCAAAGUGUUGAAGACUGUCACGCCACCAGAAGGGGCGGAGUCUUUACACAAUCAGACCCUUUUUUUCACUUUCUCAUUCAGAAACGGGGAAAAAAGGCGUUUUCUUACUCUUUCCUCAAAAUGAACACUAGCCGAAUACGUGUUCGCGCAAUAUUGGCGACACAUUGCGCCAAUCCGCGUGCGCUAGUAGGAGGAAAUAAAGGAGAAAGCGGGAGUGAAGGGGGCGCGCGGGGUUGCGCGCCUGUGUGAAAGCGGCUGAAGUUGUGCGUAAAGCGCGCAUUAAUGGAAAGUUGCCAGGUUCCUUUGUGGUCGCGCUGGUGUGGUGACGGCUGCCCCCUGUGAGGUGAAAGUGUUGGCCUGAAAAUCGUACCGGUUUUAAUGGCAACUCUUAAUAAUCCGUGUUGCCUAGACGCAGCAGAGUCUCACAUUAAACGGUUGACAGCUGCAACAAAACCAACACAUUAACUGUUGCUGAGGCUUUGCCACGUAGCGGAUGUGCCAGCAUUUAGCUGAGCUUCUCGGGCAAAACUGCACGCUAGUAGUUUAUUCCCGAAGAACGCGUCAUAGACGACAUCAUAAUGAUCAUUUAGCAAAACGAAACCUUGGAAUCACAGCCAGAAAGAGCGCCCACAUACCGGAGAAGACAGAAAGAGGUCCAAAUGCCGUGAUCCCACUAUUGGAGGUGUACAACAAGAGCUGGUGUCAGCCGCGCGAGCUGCUGGUGGAGAUACUGCAGGAGUAUCCAGAUGAAGUGGAGCACAUCUUCAUCCCGUCCUGCGUGGUGCUGAAGCGCUGCGCCGGCUGCUGCAUGGACGAGAUGCUGCAGUGCACGCCCACAUCCACCUACAACAUCACCAUGGAGAUUAAAAGAAUAAAACCCCAAAGGCAACAAAAUGAUAUUUUCAUGAGUUUCACAGAACACAGCGCAUGUGAGUGUAGGGCAAAGAAAGAAGUGAAAGAACAGAAAGAAAAAAAAUCCCGGAAAGGCAAGGGCAAAGGCCAAAAGAGAAAACGAAAGAAAAACCGCGAGAAAACAAUUCACGAUGCCGUUUGUAAGCCGUGUUGCGAUCACUGUCCGGACAGGAGAAAGCGUCUGUUCGUACAGGAUCCUGCAACGUGUGACUGCUCCUGCAAACACACAGAUGAAUACUGUAAAGAACGUCAACUAGAGCUCAAUGAGAGGACCUGCAAAUGUGACAAGCCAAGAAGAUGAGAGGUACGGGAGCAUCAGAUGUAUUAGAUGAAGGAUUUUAUUUUCUGAGAUAUUUCACAGCACAGCACUUUGAACUGAGCUUUGAACUGUAAACUCUUUUUUUGUGGAACGCAUUCCCCAUGGACAAAUAAUUGAAACAGACGCUUCCUCCCACUGUGUAUUUGUGAGUGUAUAUAGACCAUGAUAAAAGAGGUACAAGAAUUGUUAUGCUGCUACAAUGGAACGAUGACGUAAUGGAGCUGUUUGCAAUUUCCUAAGUAGGAUCUGACCGGCACCAACACACAAAUAGCAGCAAGAACAAUACUUUAGGCUUAUGACUCUUUGAAUUAUGAUUUAAAAAAAAAAAACUGGGCCCACAUCAUGGAGCUGCCAGCACCAUACUGAGUUCACCACUCCACAGUGCUACUAGGAAAAAUAUUUGUUGCGCUUUUGUGCUCUUGCUUGAGGUAAUUACUUCCAAAGGUCAUUCACCUAGUCAUUAAAACACAAUUACAUGUAUAUUUAAUGGGUGUGUUAGACAUAAAAGAUUAGGGCUGCGUGUGUUUUAUCAGCUUUCAACUAUUGUGGGAUUUGUGACUUUGGUAAAAAGCUCAGAUCAGACAAGUAGGGAAUUGCAAACAGUGCUAUUACUUUUUCUCGCAACUGUAUGUAAACCUUUUUAUUUGACAAAAAGCAACUCACCGCCAUGUGGUUCUAACAAGCUUACUGUACAAGGCAGGUGUAGUCUUAUUGUCAGUUCAUUGUAUGCAAUUACUUCACUGGAUAUGAGUCUACUGUGGCUGCGUUACAAUUAUAAAAUGACAAACUCACAACUGAGCAUAUAUUUAACUGCUAAAACGGCGGGUGAGGCCUAAGAGGACGCGGGGAUGCUCUCUUUUCAAAAAGUGACGGACGGGACUUCAUCUCUCCGGUUUUGCCUGUGGAGUGAAACAGGAGGUAAACUAGGACGGCUCAUGGAAUCACUCAUUCCUGUCGCUACCUUUCCUCCGAGGACACUGCAAAAGUGACCCAACGUUUUCUCUGUUGUGAUCAGCUUGCAAGAGAAAAGACUCUGGGCCAUAUACUUUUAAAGGGAUACUUCAAUAAUAGAAUCUAAUGUUUUAUGUACUACAUGAAAACCACUGAAAACAUCCUAUACUGUAGUGUGAUUCCAUUUAUGUUCCUCACAAAAUGUACUGAGAAUCUGUCCGAUGUUUUUUUUAAAUUAUUUUUCUUGAGGGAUUGUCAAAAUAUGGCUGUCACUGAUUAUAUAUCUUCUUCUCAGAACUUGUACAUACUUAAUAUCUCCUUAUGCCAUAGUCUAGAUAAUUUAUAAUGUUAUAGAGUAUUUUUCAGUAUUCAUUCUUCUACACAUAUUUAAUUUGGUCUAUUUAUAUGUGCAGUGUUAUAUACCUUUCAUAUCUCCCCCUUGGGUAAGGUCAUUGAUUUGUUAACAUUCCCUAAAAUGAUCAUUUGUAUCAAUGUACUGAUGAUAUCUCCUCUGGAUUUCUCAUCCCCGCAUCUUAUCAAAGAGUGCGGGGCCUGUGUUUAACUUGUGUGUCUGCGUGUUUGUGUACAUGCGUGUAUGGAUGUGUGGUUGUUUGCCGAUCUGUGUGUAGCUUGUAGUCAGUCGUAUUUAAAUAUUUAAGUACCUAGUGGGCCUGUAUUUUUGUCCGUCCUACAAAAUGAUACUACUGCUCUCAGCUCAGCAGACACCACCACACCACCACUCAGAUAUCGAUCUGCCGUCAGUCUUAGAGCCCUCCUUAUUAGUUCCUUUGUCUCUACUUCACUAUUAACUUGUUUUCUUUGUAUUGCGUUUAUUUAUUUUAAAAUCUAUUGUUUUAUAUAAAAUAAGGAAAAGGUUGCUGUGUUGUGAAUGCUGUGUUUUCAAGAGGUUUCGUUUUAGCGACAUGAGUUUUCCAUAUUUUUGUGCAGCGACUGGACAGUGACACAUCUAGUGGGAAGCGCUGCAGAAUGUGCAAAAAAAAAAAAAACUAGAGCAGUAGAAAGAAAAAUUCCUUCACCCUAAUGACAGACAGACAUUCAUCCAUAUGAAUAAAAUGGCACUUUCAAGA